CGUCGACACAGAAGACGCGCAGCCCGCUGGUAAACUAAAAGCGACCUCUUCAAGCACAGUGAUGAAACGAAAAAUGACCUACAGCAACUCGAAAGCCGCGAGCAAAGCCGUGGCGGAACAAGAGCGCAGUGAGAAGCAGAUGUCUAUCGCCGAACAGAAACGCCAGAAACAGGAUGCUGACAUGAAGCAAGCGAAAUCGAAAUCGAAAUCCUCCGUCAAGAGAGUCCUUGAGGCAGAGGCAUCUGCUGCCGGAACAAAAACUGCAAAGUCUGACGCUAGCUCCACCGUGGCGAAAAAGCGGACCGGUUCGGUAGCAGAACCAAGAGGCUCUAGUAUCCCUUCUGCCGCGGAUGGAGCGAGCGGAAUGGUGAGGAAGCAAUCGGCGAAGAAGAGUAGUAAAAAGCAGGCGAAUAAUGAGCAUGAACUUCUGCUGCAAGAAGAAGUAGAGCAACAACCGGAGAUAUUACACUCGAAGUCAAGCUCUUCCAAAACCCCAGCGAUGAAACGAGCACCCAGUAGAAUGAGUCAGGGGGGUAUUAUCACGAGCUCCUGCAGCAACGCGAGACCGGGAACGGUGAAAAAGAAAGACGACAACCGCAUGGAGGCUUUGACCUCUAAGUUGAAUUCUAAAGCGGCGAGAAAAUCGCAACUGCAGUCGGACUUGGAGGACUUUCUGGAGAAGGAGUUGCAGCAAUUGUCAGUUGGUUCUGGAGAAGGAGCUGCAGCUGGAUCUUCUUCUUCCAAGUUUUCGAAGGACCUAGGUGCAGUGAAUAAAAAGCAGUCUUCUUCUAAAGCCAGUGCUGGCGUUGCGGUCUAUCAACUGGAAAUUGGUGUCUGGGUCUGGAGUGGACUUAUCAUGCUGAUCGGUGGAUGACGAUCUGUGUCUAUCACAUUUACAACAGACGGAGGCACGCAUGACAAAGGUAUCGCCUGCUAAAUCUUCUGUAAAAAAAACCCGCGUGACAAAUUGCAUGAUUGUAGACGAAGAGAAGAGGCUGUAGUGCAGUUGGCAUGACAGGUUUCUCUUCCCUGUCAGCCAAGUAUGAGAAGCUUGAAUCUUUCCAGACUGAGACACAUUUGCAGUCCAUAUCUAAGUUGCCGUGGGCAAGACCAAGAGCGGGAGCUCAUCUGUUGCAGUUGCGGGUACCAGGUCGGGACGUAGAACAUCAGCCGCAGCAGACCAAAAACAGGAGGAGCUACAGAAGGUCCCGGCGCCGGAUGUACAGACCAUGAGACUACCGGCCGCAAGUGCGAACUCCACGAAUUGCAACCGGAGCCGAAGCGUUGUCGUUGCUGGUGGCCCGCGUGCAACAAUUGUGGCGGACCCCUCUCAGGCACGGGCCAGCAGCGCGCUGGCUCGCCCGUCUUCUGCCUCCAAGCGUCGAG